CGAGUACUGGUAGGUAACGGAUCCACCAAGGGAGAAGGAUGACAAUAAUAAUGUCCCCGGCUGGUUCCCGCGGCGCCCAAGUCUUCAUAUCAUGAUAAACACUGGGCCUGUCGCCCAUAUGAUGCCCAUGGCGGCUCGGAGUGGGUGCUGGAUUGCGUGGUGCCAGGCUAUCCUUUUCGGUGUGUCCGGGCUGGUGAUACUGGCUGAAAGAACCGCGCUGAUCUACUGUGUAGGAUUCUACCUAUGGAAUGAGGAAACGCAGUGGGCGGGGAUGACCCUCACCUUCCUGUUGCCGGGGAUACUGGUCCAGGUGUUGAGUCUCAGGUGGUACCGUGACGACGGGGAAGACCACUAUUGGUUCCUGACCCUCACACAUGUGUUGCAACUGGGCAUCUUCCAAAGGUUGUGGGACUGCAUGAUGUCCGUAUGGGACAUGCAGGGUACUGCGGGGGAGCUCGGGGCGGCUGUGAUGCAGCAGGCCGAUGUGUCCGCCCUCCGCCUGUUGGAGGCCCUGGUACUCACCCUCCCUCAGACCCUGCUGCAGACCUACAUCUUAGCUGUCACUGACGUGGAACUCGACUCCCCGGUAGCGGUGUGUGCGGGCCUGUGCCUGCUAUCGCUGUCCUGGGCGCUGGUGCUGUUCAGCCGGGCGUGCUGCCUGAUCCGCCCGGGCCAUCUGGCCAUGCCCCCGGCCGCCCUGCUGUGCCAGCUGCUGUGGAGGGCGGGCAUGCUGGGUGCCCGAGUGGCCAGCCUCAUGUCCUUUGCCCGCUACUUCCACUGGUGGACCUGCGGAGUGGCAGGCUUCCACUGGCUCAUGGCGUCCUUCUGGCUGGUCGCCCAGCAACCCGAAAUCUGCACCGGCCCCUGGCGCUGGCGCCUCUUCAACUCUGCGCUGGGAUUGGUCCACGUCUUCCUCUUCCUCAACGUCAAAGACGGCCCCUCGCGCUUUCGCAUGGCCGGCUUCUACGUGGCCAUGCUACUGGAGAACACCACCCUACUAGUGGCAGCGUCCGACUUCCUCAGUGAGAAAUCAUGGGAUAGCAUGACCCUCCCUAUCGCUGUGCUGAGCAGCUUCCUGCUUGGUGCCACCUCUCUAGUCCUGUACUACCGCUUCCUCCACCCCAAGUCCACUGAGAUUGCCCAAGGCCAUGGCCUCAGCCACCGCAACCACCACAUGGGCUCCACCUGCCUGGAGGGCCUAGAGCAGGGCGAGUCUUCCUACUCCCUGGGGGGUGGGGGAGGUGACAAGAGCCUCCCCCAGGCCGCACCCUCCUCCCUGCACAAUCACGGCAGCUUCUCCCUCUCUGGCGUGGCCGGCUCCCUCCUGGAGCAUCCUGGGAGUUGCGGUCCCAGGCUGGGUAACUCGUGCCUCUGCCGCCACCACCACUGGCUCCUGAUUCGCUUGGCACUAAAAACGAGCGACGUAGGAAAGAUCAACCGGGCCUAUGGCGCCGGCGGCGUGGUGGCCAUCUUGGACGAGGACGAGUACUGUUGUAACUCAGAGGCCUCGGGUACGGGUGGUGGCAGGACUACCACAGCGUUUGGGGGCAACUAUGUCGGGUUCUCCGGGGCCUCUGUGUCUGAAUCGCAGGGGACGAAGCGGGGCCUGGCACCCCUCUCGGACUGCAAGGAGGAGUUCCAGAGCGCCAGCGACGAGCCCAUGUCCGCCGAGACACCUGACGAGGAGGAGAGUGAGGACAGCCUGGAGGACAUGCAGAGCCCGCUGGAGUCGCCGGUGUCGGACUCCUUAAAGCGCAGCUCGCCCGAGGGCAAAUCGGUGUUCGGGGACAGCCCCGAGCCCUACUUCUGCCCCAGUACCACACUGUCCAGCUCCACACUGUACUUCAGCGCCGACCCCCAGUCCCCCAGCAGCACCAGCAACCCCCGCCUGGACCGGGCCAGCCCCCCCAUGGGCAUGGCAGGCCUCAGCUCCAUCCCCAGCGACCCCGCCCUGCACAGGGACGUCAGGGGACUGCAGAUGGGACGGAUGGGGCAUCGCUACACCUCCACACCCAAACUGGACUAUGGGACGCAGGGGGACUCACCGCCCAGCAUCCCUCAUCUGAGUGGUCCCAGGAGGCAGCUAAUACUGUCACGCCGAGACGAGGACGAUGGAUUUUAGGAACAAGGGAGGGAAAAAGAGAUGGGGGGAAAGAGAUUGAUUAUGCUUCCUCUCCAUUGACUUUUCAAACUCAACCCCAGCUCAAAGCCAGCUCAUUUAGAAGCACAAAUAUCUUAUGUAAUAUACAUUUCCUAUAAAGGUGUCCGUUAUCAUUUCUUGCUGAUCGUUCCGAGUACAAAGUACUUUCUAUUGAGGAUCGCCUAUACCACCGAGUACCGGUACAUACUUUUCAUAACAAUAACUUUAACCCAGUUCAAUCAACGAUACCUCCUAAUCAACCAAAUAUAAUGCAACAAACAAAUAAUACCACAAAAACAUAUUUAAAUGCUUUUUAAAAUAAGUGGGACAUGAUCUCGGCUAAAGUGAAGAUACCCGCUACAAUAUGUCAGCUUAGUAUCUGAACUUUGUAUCGGCUAGCAUUUACAGAUACCGUAUCGGCCUGAUACCGAGUACCAUCAUCGAUAGUAUCAGUGCACCUCUAAUUUCCUGUUUGUGUUUUUGUUAUUCCUUUGAAAAGAUACUCACUCCCCCCUAACCCCAAAAUUAACAUAAUUAAUACAUUGAACAGGACAAGGGUUCACUAGGAACCAAUCGUAAGCAAACGGCCGAAACAGGGAGGGUCUAAACUGAACUUGUCCAAUAAGAAACACUAGUUUUUGUUGCAAAAUGUUUAGCUACCGUUUGCUACGGUGUGCUGUGCACUAAUGACUACACCCCAGGUGAACGUAUACACACUCAUUUGCUGACACUGCUUAGGACAGACAGCGCUUCAUAGUCAACUCGACAAAACUGUUUGAUGGUGAAAUUUGACAGGUGUCUCGCUUUUUAUAUGACACAUUUUGCCUUUUGCGAAGUUGUUCAUAUUAACAAACAUAUUUAUUGCUAAGAGCUAAUUAAUUAAUAUUUUUAAGGUACAUUAUGUUGCAAAAAUAUAAACUUUUUUAUUAUUUGUCUUAAAGACAUGUUGAACAUGUUAACUUGCUAAAUGCAGUUUUUCAAUUGAGAUACUGUAAAAUGUUGUAUUGUACUGUCUCAGGCACGUGGUUGUGUUUUAAACAAUUUUCACACCUCAAAUGUGAAGGUAAAUGGAAAAAUAAGGGAUAUCCAAGACAUAUUUUAUGACAAUGUUUUGCUGUGCUCAUUUUUUCAUCUCUUAUAAGGGAUCAUUGUAUUGUUGACUAAAUGCUCUAUAAAGGACCCAGGAUAAGAUAGUGUCUUCAGAAAGUAUUCACACUCCUUGAUAUUUUCCACAUUUUGUUGUGUUACAGCCUGAAUUUAAAAUAG